CGGUUCCAUCGUUUGCAGGGUGUGUGGAAUCCUGAACCGCAGCAAGAGCCGAGCAGCAGCCGCAUGUUUCGUGUGUAUGAACCGCUGUCGAAAAUCCCCGCCGGCUACACAGCUACACCCUAGGCAUAGCCAUCUUCCGUAGAACGACAAAAGCCUCUCAGCCGAGGGGUUUGGGGGCGGGGAGGGAGACACCGGUUUACACCCAAGCAUUGUGUCGCUUCACGUAACCGGACGUUCGGAAAGGGAAACGACGCGCAGGCAGGGGAACCGACCAGCGGUGCCAUGGCGCGGGACUACGAUUACCUCUUCAAGCUGCUCAUCAUCGGCGACAGCGGUGUGGGGAAAAGCAGUCUACUGCUGAGGUUUGCAGACAACACGUUUUCAGGUAGCUACAUUACCACCAUCGGCGUGGACUUUAAAAUCCGGACGGUGGAGAUUAACGGAGAGAAGGUGAAGCUGCAGAUCUGGGACACGGCGGGACAAGAACGGUUUCGUACAAUCACUUCAACGUACUACAGAGGCACACACGGCGUGAUAGUUGUUUACGACGUGACAAGUGCCGAAUCCUUUGUAAACGUCAAACGAUGGCUUCAUGAAAUCAACCAGAACUGUGACGAUGUUUGUCGAAUAUUAGUGGGUAAUAAGAACGACGACCCCAACUCAAAGGUGGUGGAGACGGUCGACGCACAGAAGUUCGCAGAGCAGAUGGACAUUCGGCUGUUCGAAACUAGUGCCAAGGAGAACCUCAAUGUGGAGGAUAUGUUCAACUGCAUUACAGAGCUGGUCCUCAGGGCGAGGAAAGAGUCCAUGGCCAAGCAGCAGCAGCAACAACAGAGUGAAGUGGUCAAACUGGGCAGGAACAGCAAACGCAAGAAGAAAUGCUGCUAACAGAGCGGAGUGUAUCGCAACACUCUCAGAGCCAACUGAAAAUGCCACUGAACUGACAAGAGCCAGAGAGCAGCCACCGAACGCAGCAUCCCCGAGAGAGACGAGCCAAAUUCAAUUUAAAAGAGAUGUAUCUAUAUUGAAAUCCGCUAAUCCUUUGGGACUUUCUAUUUCCAUACAAAAUGGACUUCGAGUGGCCGUCACGUCCUUUUUCUACAAAGGUCGAGGAGGUCCACUACUAAGAUGACCUUUUAAAGGAGAAACGCUUUUCCUUUAUGUCCGUAAUCACGCCAGCUCUCACAUAAACGCCGAUUUUGAAAUUCACAUCUCAUCUGCUCAUUUCGUUGUGUGUCAUGUAAAAAAAACACUGUGCCAUUUGACACAAAUGAGGAUGACACUGAUGAAGAAUCAUGCUCUCCCCCACCCCCCCCACCUCCGAUUAUUAUUAUUUUUAUUAUUAUUUUUUUUUUAUUAGCUUUUUAUGCUUUAUUUUAGUUUUUUUAUUGACAGGAAGUCUGGCAAGCCUGGACCAAACCACAUCACCACCAAGCCCUCAGAGAUGAAUUAAUUUAGCUUGUAAUAGUUUUUUUAGUUUUUUAACUAACAAAAUAUACCACUGUAAUCAGACGCACAGGGGAUUUGUGCCACCAGCCGGACCUUUUUGCUCUUACAGUGCUGAAGGAAAUUGCUGGAGCUCAGUGCAGUGAAACAACUGAACUCAUACAUGGGAAAAGUGAUAACUGUGUUCUGACCUACACACAGUAGUGCUAUUGGGAGAUUCGAAUCAGUUGUCGAGAGAAACAUGCUUCAGAUUUCAGUCUCCUGUUUUACCUGGACUCAGGUGUGAUGACACUUCAUCUAGUAGAUAAAUGAUAUGAGUGAUAGAGUGAAGUAUGUUUAGAAAUGAGAGCAGUACUAGAAUGAAAAGACUGAAGUUAUUAUUAUGAGCAUCAUUCUGACCUGUUUAAUUAUUAUAGUUUUUUCCUUUUUUUUUUUUUUUUUUUUUUUUUUAAAAACACCGUAAGCGGUUGAAGACAUUUUUGCCAAACCAGGUGAAUAUUUCAGCAAGAUACAUUUAAAAAUACUUCUAGAGAACCGUGUGUGUGCGUGUGCGUCUUUAAUUAGCAGGCAAAUCGAGGAACCCCUUUUGCAUAUUACAUCAGCGGUUUGAAUUCAAGGCACAGAACUUGAUCAUGUUUAGAUACACACAUGAGAUGCCACAAAGCCGGAACCCGGAAAACGUGAGCGGAAAUGUGCGUGUGCAUAUCAGUAUUGUAAUCCACACGAUGUACAUAUACAAACACGCAUGUCUGUAUGUAAACAUCAUUCUGUGUGUUUUAUAUAUGUGCAAGCUUAAUGAUCUGGUGUACACUGGAAAAGGAUAUUUUAAUAUUUUGCCACGCAUUCAUUUUGUUCGCCUCAUCAUGAAUCUAACCGAUGAUAAUAAACAUUUUAAAUUAAA